UAAAACCUCUAAAUCUGUUAAUGUGUGCAGUAACCACAUGUUGCGAUAAGCCCCGCCCCUUCCAGAUCCAUUUUAAUCCCACUCUGCACAGCGAUAACAUGUGGAUGUUUGUGCAUCAGAGUAAUUAAACAAGCGGUUUUUUAUUAUUAUUUUCCCAUCAGGCCUAGAGGCGGCGGCGGCGGCGCUGCCACUCAUUUGACUUCAACACGCUUGGCAUGCCAUCUGUGAGGCCAAAGCCUUUAAUCAGCCUUAAGUCCAGCAGACGGAGCAGCAAAGGGCCUUAAGAGCUUAAAAAGCAGCACAAACUGAAAACUUUCUCACAUUCACACAUCAGAUGUUUUCACUCCGGUUCAAUAAUUACCGUCUGCAGGACGUUGGUGUCUCUGCUGACUUAAAUGACAACCAUUAGAGACGCUGAAGGACGGAGCUACACCUCUGCAGCAUUUAUAAGGAGCUGGAAAGGAGAUAAAAUGACACCAAGAGCUGCAUUAACUAUUGUAAACAAACAGCCAGAAGAGAACAACAGCUGUUAGCAACAUUAACCCUUUAAAUGUUGAGAAAGAAACAAUUUGAAAUAUCCGCCAUCUUGCUUACAGCAUUGUUUACAUUUGUCAGGAAACAAACAACCAGCUCAGGUUGAUGUCUACCUGAGCUGGAGGUCAACCGCUGGGGGCGUGGCCUAAGGGUCGCACCUGUCCGCCAUUUUCUAAUCUACCUCUGACUGUAGUAGAAGGAGCUAAAACAUCCAACCAUGGAAACAUCCAUACAUCCGUCUGUUAUGGAUAAACACAUCUGUUGACCUCCAGGUGUCUCCCUGCUUGGGACAGGGCCACACAGGUUGACCUUCAUUUGACCCACAUGAGCCCAAAGUUUCACGUUUUUUUCGACCAAUAAGAGGGAAUAAAAUCUGUCACGAAGCAGAGACAGGUGAAAUCUGGGACAGUGUGUCCAGUGUUUAGAGGACAGGUUCCUGCAGACAGAUUGUAAGCUGGAUGUGUCCCGUCAGAGGACAUUUCUCCGCAGACACACCUUGCCUCAGGCUGCUAUAAUUAGCCGCCUCUCUGGCCGCUCAGCCCGCAUGUUAUGGCUUGUUAGGCUCCGCUGCUGCUCUCACUUCCGUGUUGUCUGUCACCGUAAAGCAGGAAGCCAGGCGGUAAUGUGUGGGAGUUAAUCUGCGGAUGUUUACGUCCAGGUGAUCCGGGGCUUCCAGACACUCUGAACCCGGAUACCAGGUGAAGCGGAGCGGCGGCUGGAGAAGCUACAUGGAGGCUAACUGACGGGGCUCGGCUGGAACGGUCUGCGGUACUUUAGCUCCACAAUGCCCGCCGGAGUGUGCGGCUGCUGCGGGCCGCUGAGGCCUCGGUACAAGCGCCUGGUGGACAACAUCUUCCCAGAGGAUCCCAAGGAUGGCCUCAGUAAGUCGGACAUGGAGAAGCUGACCUUCUACGCCGUGUCGGCGCCGGAGAAGCUGGACCGGAUCGGGGCGUACCUUGCCGACCGGCUGAGCAGGGACGUGGUGCGGCAUCGCUACGGGUACGUGGUGAUCGCCAUGGAGGCGCUGGACCAGCUGCUGAUGGCGUGCCACUCCCAGAGCAUCAAGCCCUUCGUGGAGAGUUUCCUGCACAUGGUGGCCAAACUGCUGGAGUCCAGAGAACCGGACCUGCAGGUUCUGGGAACGAACUCGUUUGUGAAGUUCGCCAACAUCGAGGAGGACACGCCUUCCUACCAUCGCCGCUACGACUUCUUCGUCUCCCAGUUCAGCGCCAUGUGCCACUCGACUCACGAAGACCCAGAGACCAGAACCAGGAUCCGAGUCGCUGGGAUCAAAGGUCUUCAGGGGGUCGUGAGGAAAACUGUGAACGACGAGCUGCAGGCCAUCAUCUGGGAGCCUCAGCACAUGGACAAACUGAUUCCCUCCAUGCUGUUCAACAUGCAGGACGCCGACGACCUGGACAGGGCGGGGCAUCCCAGCACGCCGUCCGGGUCGGUUCAGGACGGCGAGGAGAACCCGGCGGCUCUGGCUGAGAACUGCUUCAGGGAGCUGCUGGGCCGAGCCGCGUAUGGAAACAUGAAGAACGCCGUCCGGCCCGUGUUGGUUCACCUGGACAAUCAUCACCUGUGGGACCCCAAUGAGUUCGCCGUGUCCUGCUUCAGGAUCGUCAUGUUCUCCAUCCAGGCUCAGCACUCGCAUCACGUGAUCCAGCAGGUUCUGACCCACCUGGACGGGAACAACAAGAGCACUCCGCGGGUCAGAGCCGGCAUCGUCCAGGUUCUGCUGGAGACGGUGGCCAUCGCUGCUAAAGGAUCUGUGGGUCCGACGGUCCUGGAGGUCUUCAACACGCUGCUCAAACACCUGCGGAUGAGCGUGGACCUGGAGCUGGGCGACGGCUCCAGGAGGAACUCCAGCAGCAGCGUGUCGUCGGUGCGCGGCCGGGAGAGCGACGAGCGCAUCGUGCAGAACGCCAUCAUCCAGACCAUCGGGUUCUUUGGUGGAAACCUGCCAGAUUACCAGCGAGCUGAAGUCAUGAUGUUCAUCAUGGGGAAGGUGCCGGUGUACGGGACGCCGUGCCACACCUUGGACACGGUGAAGAUCGGGCCUCAGGGAACCAAGAGGAUCCAGACGAUGCUGCUCAGCUCCCUCAUCAUGGUGACCUCUGGGUUCAAGUCCAAGUCCAUGUCGGCGGCGCUGCCUCCUCCCUUCCUGGACCCUCUCUUCUCCAUCUCGCUGAUGGAGGACAGCGAGUUGAGGCAGCUGGUCCUCGAGAUCCUCCACAACAUCAUUGAUCGCCAUGACAACCGCGCCAAGCUGCGCGGCAUCAGGAUCAUUCCCAACGUUGCAGCUCUGAAGAUUAAAAGGGAGAAAAUAUCCAAGCAAGAUGUUGCAUUCAUGAAAAAGCACGGCCAGCAGCUCUACCGCCACGUCUACCUGGGCUGCAAAGAGGAAGACAACGUCCACAAGAACUUUGAGCUGCUCUUCACCACCCUGGCCGUCCUGACCAUCGAGCUGGCCAACGAGGAAGUGGUCAUCGACCUGAUCCGCCUCGCCCACGCUCUGCAGGAAAUGGCUCUGAACAACGAGGAGAACAUGCCGAUGUUCAUCCGCUGCGGCAUCAUGGCGCUGGUGGCGGCGUACCUCAACUUCCUGAGUCAGAUGAUCGCCAACCCGCCGUUCUGUCAACACGUCAGCAAGGUCAUCGAGUUGAGAAACAUGGACGCUCCGUACCUCCUGCCUGAACACAUCUUCAGAGACAAGUGUCCUCUUCCUGACUCUUUGGACAAAGACGACAAGCAGCUGUAUUUCCAAACGGCCGACAUGGCAGAGUGCCUGGCAGGUCCAGGAUACAACGUGGAGAGGUUGUCCAUCCCUUACAUUCCCCAGGUCACAGAUGAAGACCGUCUGACCCGCAGGAAGAGUUUUGUGGACACCAUCUCUCUCCAGGUGGACAUCAUGUCCAGCAGCCUGCCAGAUAAGCAGUCGGAGCUGGCUGAGGAGAUUACGUUUGAGACGCUGAAGAAGGCCAUCGAUACAACCGGCUUGGAGGAGCAGGAGAGGGAGAAACGGCGUCAGGUGAUGGAGAAGUUCCAGAAAGCUCCGUUUGAGGAGAUCGCUGCUCACUGCGAGUCCAAGGCCAACAUGCUCCACGACCGCCUGGCGCAGAUCUUUGAGCUCACAAUCCGGCCGCCGCCCAGCCCGUCCGGCGUGGUUUCCAUCUCAGCGGGUCACACCCAGCAUCCGUCCGUUCCCGUCUACGAGAUGAAGUUCCCGGACCUGUGUGUCUACUGAACCACUCAGAACAUCAACGAAGCCGCCCGCCGCUCGUCCUCCAAUCAGAGACUCGGACGUGCGGCGGGCUGAACCGGCUGCACGUCGUUUCUCUGACUCACGUCCCCGAACCCAAACGGUCGAACAGAACAAAACCAGAACAACGCAAACCGCUUUACGCUCCGUGUUGAUGUCGAUGCUCAAGCUUCACGCCGUGUAGAAAAACUAACCUGUUGGAUAAAAACCAGCUGCAGGUUUUCCAGCUUCUUAGCAGAGAAUCCAGUAGAACCGCUGAUAGAUCGACCCGAUCGUCUGUAUUUACUCAUAAACAACCAUAAAAACUAAUCGGUUCAGUUCUAACGGCUCAUGGUUGGUGAAACGGAUCCAGCUUUUAUUCCUGAAGCUUUUCAAGGAUUUGAAGAUUUACAAAAUCACAACUUUCACAAUGAUUCUUGGAUUAAAAUUAGGCAAAAUGUGCAAAGUCUCAGUACCUGUUCAAGCUGAAAUGAGGUUUUGUUUGGCAGAUUUUCCACGAAUAACUUAGAAAUAAACUCAAAUAUUCUUUGUUUUUCUGAAACAAAGGAGAGAACAAAAUGAUCAAAAUAUUCAGUUUCAAAAUAAAAUUUUUCCAGAACCAUGUAAGGUCCAAAAAUAAGUUUUUUAUAGAUUAUAAAGAAUAUUACGAGGUUAAAAAUAAUUUAAUUCAAUUAUUAUUGAAUUAUUGAAUUGUCUUGUGAAUUAUGUUGAAAUAUUUUAGGUCUGAUGGAAGAAAUAUUUCUUCGGAUUUUGAUGUUUGACCCAAAUAAACGGAAAAGCUUAAACAUUUAUGCAUUAUGAAGCAGAAUUGUGAAGAAAUAGUGUUUAUGAACUUUGAAAUAAAAAUCCAAUAUGGCUGCCACAUAUUUAACCAAGUGGAAACAACCGCAGUCGUAAUUAGUUUUUUUCUGCUUCUGUUUUCAACCCGUUUGUUACCCGGUCUGUUCGUCACGCAUCACCACCGUCAUGCUGUUCAGCACAUGAACACCAGGGGGCAGUGCAUCACAAUUAAUGGACUUAAAGCGCUAGCUUGUUUGGCUACUGCCUGACCAGCUAACUGGCUAACGAUGCGACACUUUCCACCAUAACGUCGUAUUUACGGCACCAUGGUAGUUUUAGAACGGCUCUACCAAAGUGUUCGCUUCCAGUUAUCGGUUCACCAGGCAAACUGGGAUUAAAACCGCCGGAUUGGUUCCAGUAAGCCCAGUAUGUGACCGGCUGGGCUUUAUCAAGCUGCAUCGAUAUUCCUGGAUUUUCUUAAAACCGGUUUGAAAAGCUAUAAAAUCUUAGAGGUUGUUGUCAUGGCUACUAAACCCGAGGGUGUAAAGUUUGUAGAAGUGGGUCGGUUCUGAGUGUGGAGGUCCGUUUGGUUCUGGUCGGGCUGCAGCUGGUUUUGGUUACCAGAAUAUUGUUCUGGUCUGAAAUCCUGCUGCUGAUCGGUACUUCGGGCUGAAGGUCAGACAUGAGCAAACGAUCCGGGGCACAUCGAGCUGGAUCUGAACCGAAUCGUUUCCCGGUGGUUCUGUCGUACGUUGAGCUCGUCGUGCCUCCCGAUAAGUGAAUUUUGAUGGUUUUUAUUCACCAACCUGAGCCUGUUAAAGCUGAACUGUGUAUUGGUUUCUUUACUUUAACUAGACCAAAACCAGCAGAACAUCUGCUGGGACGCGUUCAGAAAGAACCGCAGGCUGUCGCUGAGUUCGGGUCCAACAGAUGGAAACGGAUUAACAUGGGAGUUCCUGAAGUGCAAUACCAACUAUGACCACUAGGAGUCUAUUUCAGACCGAAGCAUUAUUUACUAAAGUUAAAGCUAACGGCAGCAAAUGGAGCCACUCUUCCUUUCAACUCUCAUAUGCUGGAAAAUAAAAGUUAAUCCUGCGAAACUUUCAGCUUCGUUUCUCUGUUCCUGAAUGAAAUCUAUAAGUAAAUAUUUGACAGAUAUUUCCAAUGCUUUCUAGCUCCUUGGUAUUCAGUCUGGUACUUCUCCUCCAGUGUCUUUCCAUUAUCUUGGUGGUUCUGGGCGGGGUUUCAGUUUUUACCUGAGAGUCCCGGAAAUGAGCCUUUAACUACAGGGACGGUUUGUUUUAGGAAAGUAAUCUGAAGUUCUGGGAGAGGACGGGCUGCAAACAGAGAGUUUGAUCGCGACUCGAUCAACGUUGUUGUCUAGUCUAAUAAUUUAAUCCUCGCAGCCGUGAGGAGAGUCGUGCAGGUUGAGAUCGUCCACCAGCUUCUGUACAGAAACCCGAUCCAAACCCGGUCCGUUCAGAUCGAACCGGAGCAAACUGAGCCGUUUGUGAAUCCCGACCUUCCCAUCUAACCGCAUGAUUCUAAAUAUAAAACACGCUGUGAAACCCGAUCCAGACGUUUCACCGCCGGUUCGGUUCGGUCCGGUCCGGUUACUGUUGUUUUAUGCGUGGCUGGAAAACGUGAUGAAUGUCGCUGACGCAGCAGAUCGUAUAUUUUUGUACAUUUUAUGCAUCACCUGGUUCUGGUAGAUUUCAAACAUAUCAUUGAAAAAAUGCUGCAUCAUCGUUUCUUGUUUGUCGUCACUUGAAUCGGAUCAUGAAUCUUUGUCUCUAAUCAUAAAUGAUUUUGAUUAAAAUGAGAUUAUUCAUUUAGCUCUAAACCUUUUUUCACCAGAUCGUCGCCGUGGUUUGAUCAGACAUCUUGUCAAACAGACUUCCGGGUUUAGACGCUCCUUGGUUUUAGUCAGUAUUAGGCUGAGUGGAGGAGAGUCCAGUUCUGGCAUUUCAAACCCAAACGGAUUGCGGUUCCUCAUGUUUGCACUUAAAACGGUUCUGAGGCACAAAAACAGCACAAAGGUACGAAUGGGAAUGUUUUUACUCUGAAUGUUCAGCUGGUCGUCCUAGCAGCCUGAUUAGCCUGCACUUACUGAUGCACGCCUCCUGGGCGGAACCGCUCGUUUCCACGGCAACAGCGAAACCUUCUCGUUUUAUUCGUCUGUGGUGCAGCAGUCUGUAUUCUUGUGCCAGUUUUAGAGAAAUGUCUCGUCUCUGUUCACCUUCAAAGAUAAAACGCUGACGCUCAGAGUUGUUGUUCAGUGAUUUAUGACCACUAGGGGGCGCCAAGGCUCAGCUCUUCCUGCAGGUUCAGGAAAUGACGUUGUUUUUGUUCUGGAGUCACUGACCUGAACUUACACACUGAUUGGCUUUGAUGUUCUCAGAUCUCAUUUCCUGAACCUGAGCAGCAGCAGAGCCUCGUUUUACCAUAAUGUCUCAGAAUGUGUUGAAAUUUCAUGUUGGAGAGAAAUAAAAUGUUUCUAUUGAAGUA